AUUAAAUUCGAAAUUUGCGCUUCGUUCGUUGGCUUCACUCUCGCUGAGACUCGCUUCACGGGAAGCUGCGAGAAAGCUCUCCACAGAGUCCGCGUCUUUUCUCAAUUCCCACGCAAAGCCAAAUCUCCUUCCUCCUUACCUUCCUCCUCCCACCAUUUCAAAGCAACCUCCUUUUCCUCCUCCUCUGCAAACCCGGAUCCCACUUCCACAACGCUCCCACAGCAAUCGCAACCUUUUCUUCCAGCUCCUUCAAUGGCGUCGGCGACCUCGCUCUCUUCUGGGGUCGCUCUUGUUCAUCUUCCCCAAUUUCCGAAAUGCUGCGAUAAAGCUUCCGUCUUUGCCCGCCCCCACCACUCCCUCAGCUUCAAUUCCCGUGCCGACUCCUUUCAGGCGUUCAUUUCACGGCAGUUGACUCCGAACGGUUCGUUCCGAACCGGGUUGUGGAGAACUAAUCGGAAUUCGAGGCCUUUCGUCGUGCGCUGUGAAGCUUCAACUGGAAGGGGAAGGAUUACACAGCAGGAUUUUACAGAAAUGGCGUGGCAAGCAAUUGUUUCGUCGCCGGAAGUGGCGAAAGAGAACAAGCAUCAGAUAGUGGAGACUGAACAUCUGUUGAAGGCACUCUUGGAGCAGAAGAAUGGUCUUGCUCGUCGGAUUUUUUCCAAGGUUGGGGUGGACAAUGCCCGGCUUCUCGAGGCCACUGAUAAGUAUAUUCAGCGCCAACCAAAGGUUUUUGGUGAAUCUGCGGGCUCAAUGUUGGGACGUGAUUUGGAAGCCUUGAUUCAGCGAGCCAGGGAUUACAAGAAAGAGUAUGGGGACUCAUUUGUGUCUGUCGAGCAUUUGGUACUUGGUUUUUCUCAAGAUCAACGCUUUGGGAAGCAAUUAUUUCGGGAUUUUCAAAUAUCCAAGGAAGCUUUGAAAUCUGCUAUAGAAUCCAUAAGGGGGCGCCAAUCAGUUAUUGACCAAGAUCCUGAAGGGAAAUAUGAAGCACUUGAAAAGUACGGAAAAGAUUUAACAGCUAUGGCAAAAGUAGGAAAGCUUGACCCAGUAAUAGGAAGAGAUGAUGAAAUUCGUAGGUGCAUCCAGAUUCUCUCCAGAAGAACAAAGAACAACCCGGUGCUGAUUGGUGAACCAGGUGUCGGAAAAACUGCAAUUUCUGAAGGGCUUGCUCAAAGAAUCGUGCAAGGGGAUGUCCCACAAGCUCUGAUGAAUCGUAAGUUAAUAUCCCUUGACAUGGGCGCACUAAUUGCUGGGGCAAAAUAUCGGGGAGAAUUUGAGGACAGGCUGAAGGCAGUACUCAGGGAAGUAACAGAAUCAGAGGGCCAGAUAAUCCUUUUUAUCGAUGAGAUCCACACAGUUGUUGGGGCAGGUGCUACAAACGGUGCAAUGGAUGCUGGUAAUCUCUUAAAACCCAUGCUUGGUCGAGGAGAGUUGCGGUGUAUAGGUGCAACAACACUGGAUGAGUAUCGUAAAUAUAUUGAGAAAGAUCCGGCAUUGGAGCGUCGGUUCCAGCAA